GUUGAUGACUCUGGAAUACCUGGACACCAUUCAUUUCAGACUUUUCGGUAUUUAAUGUUACUCGGUUUUAGAUUUCUGUACAUUUCUGUAUAAUCAUGGAUAGCUUCUGUGCAAACCUAUUCAAGCCUACCAGCUCUCGCUUCCUCAUCAACAAUGUUGCUCACUACUUGCUCUUUCUUUUUCUGGCAUCUACAUAUCUGCAAACUACUAAACAGUGUUUGGGAGAUGGACUUCUGAGUGGUGUGAGAUCAUCAUCAUGCAUCGAGGAAGAGAGACGAGCGCUUCUCACCUUCAAAGGAGAUGUUACUGAUCCUUCCGGUAGGCUUUCUUCUUGGGUGGGUCAGGAUUGCUGCCGAUGGAAAGGGAUUUCGUGCAACAACCGUACAGGUCAUGUUGCAAGGAUGGACCUCCGAAACCUGAAUUCUGAUCACGGCUUCUACGGGGAGACCUCUUUGGGGGGUAAGAUUAAUCCUUCUUUGCUUAUCUUUAAGAACUUACGUUACCUUGAUCUAAGCGGAAACGAUUUUCAAGGACGUCGAAUUCCUAACUUCUUUGGGAAGCUUCAAAGUUUGAGGUAUCUCAAUCUCUCAUAUAGUUCAUUUGUGGGAGAGAUUCCCCCAGCUCUUGGUAACCUCUCAAACUUGAACUAUCUUGACCUUAGUUGCGAUCAUUAUUCGGUUUUUGAUCCUUAUUAUUCCAGAAACUUGAAUUGGCUUUCUCAUCUCUCUUCCCUAAAGUACCUCAAUCUUGGAGGUGUGGACCUUAGCAGCACAGGAGUAAGUUGGCUACAUGAUGUCAACAUGCUUCCUUCACUCUUAGAGUUGCAUUUGUCAGGUUGCCAAAUUCAAAACCUUCCACACUCCCAGCUUCCGUCAGUGAACUUCACAUCCCGCCUAUUGGUUCUUGAUAUAUCAGAGAAUCAUAUUAAUUCUUCAUUUCCCAGCUGGUUUUUUAAUCUUACCAACCUCAAAAGACUUGAAGCACAUUCCAAUUUGUUCGGGCCCUUCCCUGUUGAAUUUGCAAACCUCAAGUCUUUGGAAGACCUUGAUUUAAGCAGUUCUACUUUUCUCCAAGGUCAAAUUCCCAAAGUCUUUGGUACUUUGUGCAGCCUAAGAAUAUUAGAUCUUUCAAAGAGCGAGCUCAAUGGUAGUUUGGAAGAGGUUUUGAAUGGUUUCUCAAACUGUACAAGCCGUAGAUUAGAGUCACUUGAUUUGUCCGGCAAUAUGGUGGAAGGUGAACUGCCUGCCGCCUUAGGAAUGCUAGAAAAUCUGAAGGAACUUGACCUCAGUGACAACCAAUUUUCUGGUUCAAUUCCACAAUCUAUUGGUAAUUUAUCAUCAUUGGAAAAACUGGACAUCUCUGUUAAUAAUUUGAAUGGGUCCAUUCCUGAAAGUUUGGGACAACUCUCUCAGCUAGUUCACCUCGAUCUAUCUGCUAAUUCGUUGGAAGGCAAUCUAAAUGAAGCCCAUUUCCGAACUCUCACAGAGUUGGAGUAUUUUGCAGUCUGUAGCAAAUACGGGCUCAUGACUGGGUCCCUCAUUUUUAACAUGGCUCAUGACUGGAUUCCUCCUUUCCAACUUAAUUCAGUCGACAUUUCCGACUGCAGAGUAGGCCCUGCCUUUGGGGCAUGGCUCAAGUCUCAAACUGAAUUAACGGAAGUCACGCUUAGUAAUACUUCAAUCUCAGAUUUCAUACCAGAGGAAUGGUUCUUGAAGAUAUCUUUCCAGCUCACAUGGUUGGAUUUAUCUAACAACCAAAUUCAUGGAAAGCUUCCAUUUCACAUGGACUUCCGGUCCCCGUCCUUGGAGAGAAUAGAUUUGACUCAUAAUCAAUUUGAGGGCCCUCUCCCACAUUGGUCUAGUGAUGUUGCCCAGCAUCUCUUUCUUGGAAGCAAUUUAUUUUCCGGGCCGAUUCCCUCAAAUUUUGAUCAAUUACUGCCUAACUUGGUACAAUUAGAUCUAUCUUACAAUCAUCUGAAUGGUAGUAUACCACCCUCUGUGUGGAACCUGUCAGAUUUGUCAUUUCUUAUGUUAAGAAGCAAUCGCUUGACUGGAGAAUUUCCUCUAGGAUGGAGUCUGGCGCCAAAAAUAGAAGUUGUAGAUGUCUCAGACAACAAUUUGUCUGGCAAUUUCUCCAGUUCAAUGAGUGUUCCAAGCUUACUAGAAGUAUUGGAUCUGAGCAAAAACAAUUUCGGGGGUCAAAUUCCUUCUUCUCUAUUCCAAAACUGCAGCUGGCUGCUGAGUAUUGAUCUUGGAGGCAAUAGAUUUACUGGAAGCAUACCUUUACAGACAAGUUCAAAUGUACCAGAUGAAUUGCAUAUGCUAAGAUUGCGAUCCAACUCUUUAAGCGGACAUAUCCCCAAUCGAUUGUGCUCUCUUCAAUCUCUUCACAUCAUAGACCUUGCCCACAACAAAUUUUCAGGGACCAUUCCCAAGUGUUUGUAUGAUCUGACUGCUUUGGUCGAUGGUAGUUACGUUCCUAUGUCCGAAAUAGCAGAAUAUUAUGAGACGGCCAGCUUGACAUUGAAGGGAAAAGAACUCGAAUAUGAAAGGACUCUGGAUUUGGUGAUUAUCAUUGAUUUCUCAUCAAACAACUUAGAAGGUGAAAUCCCUGACGAAGUAAGCAGCCUCAAAGCCUUGGGGACAUUGAACUUGUCAAGAAAUCAACUAACUGGAAACAUUCCCUCAAAGAUUGGAAACUUGACGCAGCUGGAAACUCUUGAUCUCUCACACAAUCACCUCUCUGGGCAGAUUCCCCAAAGUCUUUCUUCAUUAAACUUUUUGGCUCACUUGAACUUGUCUUUCAACAACUUGUCCGGAAGAAUUCCUUCAGGCAACCAACUUCAAACACUCAAUGAUUUAUCCAUUUACGAAGGCAAUCCAUCCUUGUGUGGGGUCCCUCUUUCAACUGUCUGCCCGGGAGAUGGCGCAGCUGACCCUGACGAUGGUGAUCAUAAUGAUGAUGAUAAUGAUGAGAAUGGGAAGUUUGGUAUCGUUGUUAGCGCUGUCCUCGGCUUCAUCAUAGGCUUCUGGAGUGUCUGUGGCACAUUGGUUAUGAAGAAAUCAUGGAGGUAUGCCUAUUUUCGAUUCUUUGAUAACAUAAAGGAGAGGGCAGCAUUAGCAAUUGCAUUGAGAGUGGCUCGUUGGCAAAGGAGGACUUGAUUGGAAAAGGAAAAUUAAAGAAUAAAAUGCACUGAAGGUGGUCUAUAUGGGGCAUUUGUGGCUUUCUAGACUGGGUACGUUGUUUCUCUUUUGGUUCAGGUGCUCUCCAUGUGACUGCCCUUUGGAGCUGUUUGUGGCGGUGGUGAAGAUGACGGCCAGUAUUGUUGGGUUUGCUGGUGUCCUCAUGUUUUUAUGUUCUCUUUAUUGUUGUAAGUGUUGUAAAUUAUUAUGGAUAUAUCAUGUAAAUUAUUGUAUAUUAGAAGAUGCUUUCCUCUUUCCUAGUUUUAGGGGAUCCAUGUUUUAAGGAGGACUUUAAGGGUCCUUGUUUUAUGGAGGAUUUUAGGCUAUAUGUUCCUUGCCUUCCACUAUAUAUGUAAUCCAUUUCUCAUCCAUGGAUGAUAGAGAAAACAGAAAAUACUACACUCCCUCUCUGCAUCAAAACUCUCUCUCUCUCUCUCUCAAGUUCUUUGAAGCAAAACUCUCUCCAUUUUCUGAAACAUUUCCAUUUUACAACACGUUAUCAGCACGAAUAGCUCUAGGAUUCGGAUUGCAGAUUGACAAGAGAAGAGGUGAAUAACUCUUGGGUUGCAGAGAAGAGGUAGUUCAUCAUUCAAUCAACAUCAGUCUACAAGCUCUACAACCAAAGAAUGUCAAAUCUCAACAAGCUUGACUUUGUCGCUUUGGAAGUUUCCGGAAGGAACUAUCUCAAGUGGACCCAAGAUGUCAAGCUUCAUCUGACUGCAAAUAAGAUGAGAUCAACGAUUAUUGCUGACAACAUCACCCCUGAAGACAUGAAGGCAAGGGCUAUGAUUUUCAUCAGGAAACAUAUGGAAGAAGCACUCAAGGUGGAAUAUUUAGCUGAAGAGGACCCACGAUCUCUUUGGGUCGCUCUAGAAGAGCGAUUCAACCAUCAAAGAGCCAUCUACUUGCCGGAAGCAAGACACGAUUGGCAGAACAUACGCUUCCAGGAUUUCAAGACUGUCAAUGAGUAUAACUCUGAAAUCUGCCGGAUUCGGUCACUCCUAAAAUUCUGUGGAGAAGAGCUCACAGAAGCUGACCUACUGGAGAAAACUUUCUCCACCUUCCCUCCUUCCUGUAUGGUCCUGCAGCAACAAUACAGGGAAAGAAACUUUGCUAGAUUCUCUGAAUUAAUCACCAUCCUGUUGCUCGCUGAAAAGAACAACAACCUACUUUUGAGGAAUGAUCAAGCAAGGCCCACCGGUACUAGAGCAAUUCCUUUGCCUGAAGCAAAUAUUAUUGCCCAUCACGAAAAUAAUCGUGGAAGGAGGAACCGGGGCCGUGGAAGGGGAAGAAGGUCUGAACGUCCAAGGCAUGGACGAAGAAAUGGACCCAGAAAUGGCCCAUAUGACCGCGACCACCCAGGCAAUGGCCCAAGGGGUCGAGGAGGACGUGGACAAGGCCCACGUGGUGGAAACCGAAAUGCCCAAGUCCGACAGGCUCAAAUUAGAGAGAACCCUGGUCCGGCCCGUCGCCCUCAAAAUCAGCAUAAUCUAUGUUAUAGAUGUGGAGGCACUGACCAUUGGUCCCGCACCUGUCGUGCAACAGAUGAAGAGAUAGGAGAGUAUCACGCCAGACGCGGAACUCAAGAGGCCAACCUUGUGGAAGAGUCAGUCCCUAUGGAUACCACCUUGGAGAUUACUGAUUUCCAAGCAGCUAUGGAUACCACCUUGGAGAUUACUGAUUUCCCUAUGGAUACCACCUUGGAAAUUACUGAUUUCCAAGCAGCUAAUGGAUACAUCGAGGAUUGAAAACUCGAGGACAUGGACAUAAUAGGCACUUGUGCCAUAUCUAUGUUAUUGUUAUGAAUAAUGCUUUCUAUUUUUCAGUUUA